AUGCGCUUUUCGCGGGUAUCGCUCAUUCUUGCCGCAGGGUCCACUAUCAUACCAUACGUCAGUGCAUGGGGAGCGGUAGGUCAUGAAGUCGUCGCGACAGUCGCUCAGAUGCAUCUGCAUCCUUCAGUCAUGCCCAUUCUGUGUGACAUCUUGAACUACAAAGGGGACUGCCAUCUCGCUCCGGUUGCUGCCUGGGCGGACAAGGCCCCCUUCACUAUUGGCGCAACGGAUGACUAUCCUAGCGAGACUUGCCUUUUUCCGGGAGAGAAAGGCUGGGAGGGUAGAAGGAAUAUCAACGUGCUUAGCGGCAUAAGGAAUACCACAAGUACUCUGGAGAGUUACAUGGGCCUGCGCAAAGCUGGCUUGACCACUGCGAGCGAUGAAGAUGCAGCACAAGUCGCACUCAAGUUUCUCAUUCACUUCGUCGGGGAUAUGCAUAUGCCAUUGCACCUCACAGGACGUGAUCGAGGAGGGAACGGAAUUAAAGUCUCAUUUGACAGUCGUGUAACAAACCUUCACUCUCUCUGGGAUGGCCUCCUCAUAGCCAAAAGAAUCCGCACAAUACCAUCCAAUUAUACCCGCCAUCUGCCACUUCCCGAAGUUGAGACUCACCUUCGGGGUACUAUUUACGACCCCUAUAUUCGCCGUAUCGUAUGGGAAGGCAUUAUGGGCAAGUACGAGAACGAGCUCGACUCAUGGCUUACGUGUCCCGCCGAACCCUCCGUCCAACUCCUCCAAACUCACUGGGAGCAAUGGUUAUCUUGGACUUUUGGGCGUCGCACAGGGUCUUGGAUUGUGGGGUCGCAUCUUACAGAUGGAGGUUUGAACACCGAUGAUGAAACCUUGUGUCCAUACCAUUGGGCAACUCCCAUUCACGCUCUGAACUGCCAGAUCGUGUUCCCGAAGGCCUUAGAUGAACCACCAUACAACCGUGUUUCCUUCUCUGAGGGUACUCACGAUCAUGCCUGCAACUCAUCCAAUCAAACUCUUGAAGUCCACUGGCUCACCAGGCCGAGGAAGAAUCCAUACCUCGAGCUCGACACGCCCGAGUAUUCCGGGGCAAUCGAGGAUGCAUGGAUUGUUGAGAAGCUGAUGUCUCAGGGUGGUAUUAGGCUUGCAGCUAUUCUCAAUUGGCUCUUCGCAGAUAUGGGGGACUCGACUAUCUCAAAUAGAGCUUAUAUCUUGUAAUUCUACGUUUGACUUGUACUACAUACCAUAGAACGUGCCUCGCAGUGCCCGGUCAUAUGCAAAACAUAACAUAUUUUAUUGACAAACAAACAUGGUCGUGUCAAGUACAUAUAGUGAUCUAGAAUCGCAGUCGACCUAAAGCAUAACAGUAAGCAAGGUGUUCAACAGGACCUCGACAUGAAUCAGAAAAGCCGAUGUUUUCUUGUCUCCCGCAAGGCAACGCCCGCUGGACCAACGCACAUGAAUCAAAACGAGGCAUAAACGUAUCUCUUGCAAACAAGAGUGAUCAAACGAACGUGCAACUACGGGAGACUCAAAGAAUGGAUGAACUUGGUUUCGUCUUGCAAAUAUGAAUGCACAAAAUCAUAGUGGAUACUCACUCUACCAUAAUGAGCACAUCGAGGAAGAACCGGUGUAUUCAACUGUAACAGUAGCGUUAGCAUGUUGUGCUCU